UUUGCAACUCUAUGGUUAUCGGCUUCGAAUGAGUCAUCGCCGUGUCAUCUCUGUGCGCAGGCGCAGUGCGACAGAGGGGUGCAUGUGUGAAGCCAAAAUUGCAGGGAGGCGACAGAGUCGCCGGAGAGUAAGUGGCAGCUGCGGGGACGGAAGAAGGAGGUUGAUCAGCCAUGCCUAAGGGAGGAAAGCAGCACCAGCACCAGGAAGAAUGGAUCGGGGACGAGGAAGAGAAGGGCGUCUCCAGGGAGGGGGCUGGAGACAAAGUGGUGAAGAAGGGGAAGAAGGAUAAAAAGACCAAAAAAUCGUUCUUUGAAGAGUUGGCUGUGGAAGAGAAACACACCAGUGAGGAGCAAGUGGCUGAGAAGGAAAAGGAACAACAGCAACAGCAAAAAAAGAAAAGAGACAAAAAAAAGGACCGAAAGAAAAAAGAGGUGGAUGAAGAUGAGGAGGAGAGCCAGCUGAUCGAAAGGCUCAAGAAGCUGUCGGCACAAGCCAGCGAUGAGGAAGAUGAAGUGGCUUUCCCCAUUGUCAAAGCUGGUAAGACGAAGAAGGGAGGAAACUUGUUUGCUGCCUUGAGUCAGGAGCAGAGUGAGGAAGAGGAAGAGCCGCCAAAGCUUGACAAGAAUAAGAUCAACAAGGCUUCUGAUAGUGAAGAGGAGAAACAGCCAAACAAGAAGGGGCCAAAGGGCAAACAGACGCAGCAAGAAGAAGAGGAGGACGACGUAAAGAGGAAGAGUAGCAAAAAUGAGAAGAACAAAGGAAAACAGCAGGGGGGAGGCUCCGCCUUUGCCAUAUUGGCUCAAAGUGAUGAGGAGGAGGAAGAAGAGGAAGAGAGUGCAGAAGCCAAGAAGCCCAAGGGCAAAGCAAAGGCGGUGAAAAAAGAGACUGUUCAACCUGAUGAAGCUGGGAAGAAGGCCAAAGGGAAAAAGAAUCUGCCUUCCAAGAAUGUGUUCGCUGCUCUGGAAGCAGAGGAGAUGAAUGAAGAAGAGGAUGACAGUUGUGGAUAUGAAGAUGAGGAAGAGGGGUCUGCAGAGGGCAAAGAGAAGUCUAAACAGAGCAGCAAGGCACAUUCAGAAGAGGAGGAUGAGGAAGAAGAGGAGAAGAAAGAAGACGAUCCCUUUGCGCACCUCAGCAAAAAGGAAAAGAAGAAACUCAAGAAGCAGCUGGAGUUUGAACGGCAGGUGGCGACUCUGAAAGCAGCCAAUGCGGCAGAGAAUGAUUUCUCGGUGUCACAAGCAGAAAUGUCCUCCCGACAGGCCAUGCUGGAAAACGCCUCAGAUAUCAAGUUGGAGAAAUUUAGCAUCUCGGCUCAUGGCAAAGAGUUAUUUGUUAAUGCCGAUCUGUACAUUGUGGCUGGCCGCCGAUAUGGCCUCGUGGGGCCUAAUGGGAAAGGGAAAACCACCUUGCUGAAACACAUUGCGAACAGGGCUCUGAGCAUCCCUCCUAACAUUGAUGUGCUGCUGUGUGAACAAGGGGAUGUCGUGAGGGCAACUGUUACUCACCAUUUUCCCCCCCUCAGAGCACUGUUCAUGGAGCCCACACUGUUAAUGCUAGACGAGCCCACCAACCAUUUGGACCUGAAUGCCGUCAUCUGGCUUAACAACUACCUCCAGACAUGGAAGAAAACCCUCUUAAUUGUCUCCCAUGACCAGGGUUUCCUAGACGAUGUGUGUACAGACAUUGUCCACCUGGACAUCCAGAAGCUCUUCUACUAUCGGGGGAACUACAUGACCUUCAAGAAGAUGUAUCAGCAGAAACAGAAGGAGAUGCUCAAACAGUACGAGAAGCAAGAGAAGAAACUGAAAGACCUCAAGGCUGGAGGGAAGUCCACCAAGCAGGCAGAAAAACAGACGAAGGAGGCCUUAACCCGCAAGCAGCAGAAAUGCCGCAAGAAGAAUGCCGAUGAAGAGGCCAACGAAGCCCCUGAGCUACUGAAGCGGCCUAAGGAGUACACUGUGAAGUUUACCUUUCCAAACCCACCACCCCUCAGCCCGCCCAUUCUGGGCCUGCACGGCGUGGACUUUGCCUACGACGGACAGAAGCCUCUCUUCAAAAACCUAGACUUUGGGAUUGACCUGGAAUCUCGAAUCUGUAUCGUGGGCCCCAAUGGAGUGGGAAAGAGUACACUGCUGCUUCUACUAACGGGGAAACUGCCACCGACAAGAGGAGAAAUGAGGAAAAACCACAGACUAAAAAUCGGGUUCUUCAACCAGCAAUACGCCGAUCAGCUGAAUAUGCAGGAGACGGCUACGGAGUACCUCCAGCGCAACUUCAACCUGCCCUACCAGGAUGCGCGCAAAUGCCUCGGGCGUUUUGGCCUGGAGAGCCACGCCCACACCAUCCAGAUCUGCAAGCUCUCUGGGGGACAGAAAGCCCGUGUGGUAUUUGCCGAACUGGCUUGCAGGGAGCCAGACGUCCUUGUGUUGGAUGAACCUACGAAUAACCUGGAUAUUGAGUCCAUCGAUGCCUUGGGAGAUGCCAUCAAUGAAUACAAAGGGGCUGUGAUCAUUGUCAGCCACGAUGCCCGCCUUAUCACGGAGACCAACUGCCAGCUGUGGGUGGUGGAGGACCAGACCAUCAACCAAAUAGACGGGGACUUUGAGGAGUACAAGCGGGAAGUCCUGGAAGCCCUGGGCGAGGUCAUCAUCAAUCGGCCUCGGGAGUGAGGCUGGAAGAGGAGGAGGCAGAGACGCCACCGUCCAUCAGAAAUUCCUGCCUCUUCUCAGCUACAAGACUCUCUCGAGUGGAAGGGAGGGGGAGGGGCUGGCCAAAACCAAAUGCUCCUUUUCUCCUCAGCUGCUGUCUUCUCUCGCCAUCCACCAGCAGGGAACACAAAAGUGUCAGGAGGGGGUGGGGGAAUGUGGGUAUGUCUCCGCAUGGCUCAUUCUUAUGAAACACCCGGUAGCAAUUCUACAGGCCACUCCUCCUGCUUAUCUCCCCCCCCCCCCCCACAAACACAUAACACACACACCUUUUUCUGAGGACAGUUCAAGCAGAGCUGUGCAAAUGGAUUUAAAUUAAAAUGUGAAGGAUGCUUUUUGGGCAAA